GUUGGCCCGCCGCAGAAUCAUUGUUGCAGCCUUUCUGGCCGCUUUCUGCCUCCUUAGUGCAUAUUAUUUCUGGCAUAAGGAGCCUCCAAAUCUAGUUCGUCCGAUACAAGAGAGGCGGACUCGCCUGUGGCAGCAUCUUCACCCUUUACUGGAAAAACACGUGCCCAAGUGUCCCAAACCGACCCAGAACGGCAGCCCAGGCCUCCCACGAUUCGAUGCAGUACAUGAGACCCCUCGCCGCAACCUCCUUACCAAUGUGGAUGAAAUCCUACAGCCUAUGCAAGAAGCCCACGAUGGCUUUGUUCAGGCUAUCCGCAAUUUCGACGUCGGCGAUGUUUUCGUUCCAGGAACAGUAGGCAUAGUGUCAUCGGCCGGAGGUACAUAUUUGCCUACCUUGGUGGUGUCUCUUUCGUUGCUGCGCCGUACUGGAUCGACAUUGCCAGUGGAAGUCUUCAUGAAGGAUCGGACCGAGUAUGAAGCACAUAUUUGCGAGGUGGCUUUGCCCCGACUGGGGGCGAAGUGCUUGGUGCUUUCUGAGAUGCUGGCAGACCGAGGUGAGACCGAGAAUAUCCAACCCAUAGAGGGGUUCCAGAUCAAGUCUUUUGCCAUGCUUUUUUCAUCAUUUGAGAGGUUUUUAUGGCUAGAUGCGGACUGCGUCCCUCUCCAUGACCCAAUGGUACUACUAGAGUCUGAGCCUUUCACAUCCACCGGCCUGGUCACCUGGCCAGACUUUUGGGCCAAUACAGCCGCCCCAGUAUAUUUCAAUAUUUCGCGUCAGCCCGAACCCUCUUCCACAACACGACAAGCUACCGAAGCCGGGAUAAUGCUCGUUUCUAAGCCAACGCAUACGCACAGCUUACUCCUCGCCGCGUAUUAUAAUUACUACGGACCCAACUACUACUACUCCCUACUCGGGCAGGGCGCUCCGGGCGCAGGCGACAAAGACACUUUCCUUCAUGCGGCGACUGCCCUCAACCAGAGCUUCUAUGCCGUCAGCGAAACCGUGGUGGAUCUCGGAAAUGUGACGCCCUGGAAUUCGCAGGUCGCGAUCAAUGCAGGAUACGUCCAAGCGGAUCCGAUCCAGGACUAUAAUCUGACGAGCCAAGGGCAAUGGCGAGUCCGGGAUCUGUCCGUUGCGAAGCCACCUCGUGUCUUCUUUGUUCAUGCAGGUGCUCCGGAGUUCAAUCCGGGGAAGGAACUAUUGGGGCCGAAGCUGCGGGGGUUUGAUGGAAAUCCUACGAGAUUGUGGACUUAUCCGCUGGAUGCUAUGAGACGGCUCGGUUAUGACGCUGAGCAGAGAUUCUGGGAGGAGACUAUGUCUGUAGCGUGCACAAUGGAGACUGUCUUCGUGACCUGGAAGUCUAAAAGUGGCCUGUGUGAUGGUGUCCGGGCGCAUUGGAAGGCUGUUUUCGAAAACCCGAAUCUCGAGGUGCCGACAUUUACUGAUGAUUGAAUGUUUCGAUCGAUAGUGAUAGGCUACAGCAGGAUGUUGUC